GGAGAUAACAUUUUCAACCUAACCUCGUUAUAAUUACAAAAACGUCAAAUGUAACAAAUUCAAGAUGAAGUAAACUAAUAGUAGCACAAAUUAUGCUAAUAACAAUCAUUUCUGAUGAAGAUUUGGAGGAGCGAUUGGAUAACUUAGAUGAAAAUAAGCUUGCGAUUGUCGAAUUUAUGAGUCCUUAUUGCGGAUUAUGCCUAUCGAUAGUAGAACAGCUGCAAAUCAUGUCCGUUGUGCACGAAACUGUGGUGUUUUUGACAGCCGAUACAAAAUUGUGCGAAAGAAACGUAGAUAAAUACGGAAUCGCCGUGAUACCGAUGUUCGUCGCCAUAAAGCAAGGACAGUGCAUCAAGAAAAUAAUAGGAGCAAACCUGAACGCCGUGGAAGAAGUAGUAAAAACCAAUAAAUAAACGAUUCCAUUCAAUUUUACAACGUACAAGCGACAGGAAGCAAUCGAAUACGAACCCUAAACUGCGAAAUAACGCGAAAUACACAUCUCCCGAGUUUCGGGCACCCUUCAUAAUCAUGAUUUGUCUUCGGAAAGGGAGGAAUAUCCUUACAUUUGUUUCGUAUCAAGACGCUUUUGUGGCUACACACAACUCAAUUAGUCCAUCUGCAAGUGAUUCUCCCUUAGAGAAAUGGCAUAAUACAAGCAGCGUCGCGCCGUAACAUCCCCCAAUAAAAUCCACCACCAAACUAACAUCAGCUUUUUAAUUACAACGUUCUAAACGCGUUCGAUAGCAAGAGUAGAUUUCGUUGAUGAUAUCGAUGUAUUAGUGGUGGUAAUAGAGUGUGGUGCAACCCCUAAAAUCGCAGGAUUAGGAUGUUUUCG